AUGUCCUCGAUAAUGUUUUUUAUUUAUUUUGGUAUUUCCAGUUACGUUAAUGAUAGUUCAGAUGAACAAACGAAAGAAGACAGUAACGGCGCGGGUGAUGAAAAUGAAGAGGACUGGCAGCGGCAUCAAAAAAAUGCGAGUAAAAAAGCAAAGCAAUUUAAUUUCGAAGAAAUGUUGCAACAGACAAGACAACACGCAGUGGGAUCAAGAAUCGGCGCUUAUGAAUCCACCAGUUCAGACGACAUUCACUCCAGCGACAUCCACAAGCACCAAAAAGCUUGUCAGGCGGAGGAACAAGCUAGCGAACAAUUCAAAGAAUUACAUGUCAGAGAUACUAAACGAUUAUCUGGCGAUGAUGGUAGCGACGAAACUGAGCCUGCAUCAUCCUCAACACAACUGAAGCAGUCAUCUGCGAAUGGUGGUAGGUGUUCGAAUGUUUUUCAGAUUCAUCUCCUUGAAAUGUUACCUUUUCCAACGUCUAACAUGCAGCAUUUCACUUCAUUCACUGCAAUUCUGUAA